AUGCCUACCGAUCAGCACGAGGAAUCAGUCGAGCCCGCCGGCGACGUCGAGAUGUCUGAGACCCAGAACACCCAAGAGACCGCGCCAGAGAACACCCAGGAGGUUGAAGAGAACGAGAAUGAGAACGCCAACGACACUGAGCUUCCUUUCGCCGAUUCCGAGAUCGCUGAGCCUCGAGUCACCUUCGCCGAUUACCUCAUGAGCCCAAUUGUCACCUUGCUCAUCGGAUCAGGCGACCAAUCCAUUCUCACUGCGCAUCAGGGUCUCCUAACACAGAGCCCGUACUUCAAGGAUAUUUGCGAUACCUUUGUCGAGGACGGCAGCCCGCGCCAUAUUGAGCUCCCUGACUACGACAUCAGCACUGUCGGCAGCUUCCUCGAAUACCUCUACACUGGCGAAUACUUCCCCAAGAAGCUUCCUGGCCAACGCGUCCUCGAAUCCGACCCUGCAAUCCCAUCAGUCGAUGACAGUGGUGACCAGCUCCUCAAGCAUGCUCGUAUCUACACGCUCGCCGAGAAGUUUGGUGUCGCAGGACUCAAGACCCUCUCAAGCUCUAAAAUCCACUGCGUCAACUCGACCGCCAAGGGCGAGAUCGCAUACGCUCGCUACGUCUACGCCUUUACUAGCAAUGACGACACCACAAUCCGCGCUCCUGUCGCGAGCUUCUGGGCUACGCGCUCGCACACCCUGCGCGCCGAGGCCGAGUCAGAGUUCAAGGCUCUGUGCUUGGAGCACCCUCAGUUCGGAUACGACGUUCUCACCCGCGUCUUGGACGACAAGCUCAAGCGAGAGCGCAACGACAAGAUGCACCCUGCCACCAGCAGCAACAGAAAACGCGCCCGCCACAGCAGUGGUUCGCGUGCCGAGUAA